AUGUCUGAAGCGCACAUCCCUUGUAUGGAAAUUCAUAUUGAUAGAGACCAAACUCAAUACAAUGCUUCAACUGAAUCAUGGGUUACCGAAGUAAAAGACAAAUUGGAUUAUUCACAUGAAAUGUGGCAAGUGUCAAAAAAAGUUUGCAUCUAUAGGGUACCUGAGCCUAUUAUGAAUUCUAAUAGAGAAGCUUAUGUUCCUUUGGUUGUAUCAUUUGGACCUUACCAUCACAAUAAUAAUAAUAAAUUCUCUAGAAUGAAUCAACGUAAGUUGGUAGCAGUCCAUAGAAAGUUAUCAAGGCUUAACAUAGAUGUGUCCACAUUGGCUGCAGAGAUUCAAAAGUUAGAAUCUAAAAUCAGAGAGUUCUAUGAAGAACCAAUAGAAAUGAGUGGACAAGCUUUAUCUCUAAUGUUAACAUUGGAUGCUUGCUUUAUUCUUGAAUUCUUUAAAAAGAAGAAUAAUCCAGAUAGCUUUAGCCUUGUUUUUCAAUUGAAAUCAAAGGCAAUGUUUGAUGCAAUAUUAAACGAUAUUAUAAAGUUGGAAAACCAAAUCCCUUUAUUUAUUCUCAUAAAAAUACUCCGGUUAGAAGGUAAAACAUGGGAUCAUGCAACAACAGAGUUGGCUACAAUGUUGAGUAAAUGUAGCGUAUUUCGUGGAUUCCCUUUUAUAGUCCAAUGGGCUGUCCCUGUUGAAUUAAAACUAAAAGAAUAUAUGAUGGAUGGCCGACCUCCACACCAUUUGUUGGAUUUGUAUAGAAUGAUGAUUAAAGAUCACUUAACAAAUUCAAAUGCAGAAAAGACUCAUUAUUGUGGUGGCACUAGUAACAGCAACAAUCAAUGUAGUGUAAAUAUACCUCCUAAUUGUACACCUACCCCUAAAGCUGAGUCACCUCCUAAUUGUAUACCUACCCCCAAAGCUGAGUCACCUCCUGAUUGUACACCUAUCCCUAAAGCUGAGUUAUUACAUAAGGCUGGUAUCAAAUUUAAGACAGGCCAAUUGAGAUUUGCAAAGAGAAGGUUUGGAAACGGUACACUUUACCUCCCUCAAAUAUUGAUAGAGGACAACACAGAAAUAAGGUUGCGGAACUUGAUGGCUUAUGAAGAUUGUCAAAGUUGGUCAUGGCCUUCAGAGGACACUGUAAUUUCACAUUUUGUAGCUUUGUUUGAUGAUUUAAUUGAUUCAGACAAAGAUGUUUCAGUACUUAUAAAAGCUCAAGUAAUUCAGAAGUACGUUGGCAGUGAUGAAGAAAUAGCUCGCAUGUUCAACCGUCUCUGUCAUCAAAUUGGAAUUGACUCUAUAGAAAAAAUCGAGGUGGUGAUGAAAGAGGUGACAGAUCAUUAUCAGAGCAAAUGGAAGGUGUGGAUGAGCCAAUUUAAGGAAGAACAUUGUUCAAAGCCAUGGAAAUUUCUAUCCCUUGUGGCGGCGAUACUUAUAUUGGGUAUGGCCAUUGUCCAAACUGUGUUUUCAGUGAAGUAG